AUGACAGAUCGUAUGGACCAACUGAAAUUGCAAAUGGAGUUGCAAAUGGAGACAAAUAUGGAACGUAUGAGAAGCUCUAUGAUGGAAGAGGGAAAAGAAUUGGGUCGAAAGCCAACUCCGACUGAGUUGUUUGUCCAUACUCACACCCGAAAGCAUGACAAGGAGACUUUUGUGGAUCAAAAAUCUAAGGAGAUACAUGAUGCUAUAGUAGCUAGGAGGGAGGAGCUAACACAAAUCACACCCGACAACAUCGAUGAGAACCAACUUUACUUAGAUGUUGUCGGAGGCGGCGAGAAGAGACGAAAAAUGUAUGGUCUUGGAUCUGAAUCAUCUACCUUUUACCCUUCAAUUGGAGCAUCUUCGAGUCAGGCGUUUUCAUCAAGCUCUAGUCAAAAUGCUGCCUUACAACAACAAAUAAAACAGUUGGAGAAACAACUUGAGAAUGAGAGGCAAGCUAUGACAGAUCGUAUGGACCAACUGAAAUUGCAAAUGGAGUUGCAAAUGGAGACAAAUAUAGAACGUAUGAGAAGCUCUAUGAUGGAAGAGGUGAUGAGACUAGUACGAGGUCUACCAACACCUUCAUCUCCAUAA